UAUAAACAGAGCAGUUAGAGAGCAAAUAUGCUUCUGUUUUGUUGAUUAAAAAAAGCAACUUUGCUGGUUGUUAAUUCGUAUGUCAUGAUUACAUCGUGCUAGUUAAGCUUAAGACUGUUCUUGUCGGAAUAAAUACCGAAUCAUUUUCCAGUUCUGGUGUUUUGGUUCGCUGGAAUAAAUGUUCAAAAGAAAAGGCCUAAAAAACACAAGCACGAGCUUCCACAGCGUGCCCGUUUCCAUAGCAACGCAUAACACACGGACGCGAGCAAGUCAUGGUCCGCGUCAGUGAGGAUCUGAUCCGCCGCAGAGCAGAACACAAUAAUGGGGAGAUCUUCUCCCUGGAGGAGGUUUCCCUCCAUCAGCAGGACAUCGAGAGGAUCGAGCAUAUCGACAAGUGGUGCAGAGACCUCAAAAUCCUCUACUUACAGAACAACCUAAUCCCUAAGAUAGAAAAUGUGGGCAGAUUAAAGAAGCUGGAGUAUCUAAAUCUGGCACUGAACAACAUAGAAGUCAUCGAGAAUUUAGAAGGCUGUGAGAGCUUACAGAAACUAGACUUGACAGUGAAUUUUGUGGGUAAGCUGAGCAGUGUAGAGUCUCUGAAGCAGAACCUUCAUCUCAGAGAGCUCUACUUGGUGGGAAACCCCUGUACUGAAUUUCAUGGAUACAGACAGUAUGUGCUUGCAUGUCUGCCUCAACUACAGUGGUUGGAUGGGAAAGAAAUUGGGCGAGGUGAGCGUAUUCAGGCCCUGCAGGAACUGGAUGCAGUGAGGAGAUGUGUUUUAGAACAGGAGGUGGAUUAUAUAGAGAAAAGAGAGGAACAGAAAAGGAGUGGUUUGAAGGAGACAACAGAAAAGCAGGAGGAUUCUCAAAUAAAUCAAUUGCUCUCUGAGAACCAGAAUGGGACCCAUCAGAAUCCAGAAUCAAGCUCCAAGGCUUACAAAGACUCUGAAGAUAAAGAGAAGGAAUUUUGGGAAAAGCCGUGCCCAUUCACUCCAGAAUCCAGACUAGAGGCCCAUCGCCAUCUGGAGGACAAGAGGAGGUCCAAAGAGAAAGAGAGAGAGAAGCCUAAAAACAAAACCCUCAGAACUCUGAUCACUGCAGAUGGACGAGUGAUGAACAUCAACGAGCCCAAGUUUGACUUCAGUCUCACAGAGGAUGAGAACAACUGCAUGCUUUUGGAUUUACAUGUUUACAGGCAUAUGGACACCUCACUGCUGGAUGUGGAUGUUCAGCCAACAUAUGUGAGAGUGACCGUCAAAAGAAAGGUAUUCCAGCUGGUUUUGCCUGCAGAAGUGAAACCCGACAGCAGCACAGCAAGAAGAUCCCAAACCACUGGCCACCUGCUCCUCAUCUUGCCUCUGGCACAUGGAGAGAUUAAACUAAAGAAACCCACUGCCAGGCCGGCCAGUGUUACCAGUAACCAUAAUACCAAGAAAGAGACCAGGCCAGUCCCAGGGCGUGAAUUAUUGGAGGUGGAUCCGGGUCUGGCUGGGAGUCUGGCUAACAUUGUUCCCAAAGGAAAGGAGUCUUCCCACAAGCCCCUGCAGCUCUCGCAGCCUCACCAGUGCUGUGACAUUGAGGAGAGGCCUGUGUCAAAGGACUUUGUGGACGAUCCAGAAGUGCCUCCACUUAUGUGAGCAAGACAGAGAGAGAGAGAAAGAGAGAAAAUAUGCUAUGAUAUGACACAGCAAGAGAGAAUAAGUAUUAUCACACUCUCUGCUGAGCUUGUGGAAGUGUGUGUGAUGAAAUAAUGGGAGAUAUAUUUAGUUCUCUUCAUUAGGGCCCGAGCACCGGAGUACGAGGACCCUCUUGGAAUUGCUCAAUUUCUUAUUAUUGGACUAAUAGUUAAGCAGAUGAGUAAAUGUCAAUCUCAUUAAAUCUUGCAGAAUAUUUCACUGCUACACAUCUUUCACUUUCAGUGUGUUCUCUCUCUCUAUCUCACACACAAAUAUUCAUCGAUAGCGACUUACAGUCAAGUCUGUCUGAUAUAAGGAGGCAGAGACAAAACUAAAUUGCUCCCAUUAUAAUCAAUGAAGCUGUCCACAAUGGAAUUUUUUUUCUUCAGUUGAUAGACACUCUUUGUAUUUUUGAUGUGCUGCACAAAUUAUUUUUCCUUGAAACUAUUUUAUUUAUGAAUAUCAUAAGUGUAAGAUUUAUUGUUAUGAUUUUUAUUCUACUUUUGAUAGUUCCACAAAAGCCAGCUUGUGAUGUUUCUGGCCUCUGCCCUAUUAUUUUAAAUCAUCAUUUGUUUCUACUACAAGUAGUCAUUAAAAUAAAAUUGUGUACAAUUAUUUUGUUCUUUCUAAAACAGGCCAUACAUAGUCAUCUCCUUUAUUUCUAUAUUUCUGUAGUGCUUUAUGCAAUACUGAUUGUUUCAAAGCAGCUUCACAGUGAUAUUAAGAAUCAAUGGUUAUUCAAAUAUGAGAUAAAUUCAAAUUAUGCUGUAAAGUAACUAAAGUUAAAAAAGUUGUAUACAGUUUUAUUAUAUUCCAUUAGAGUCCAAUAGCUGUGUAAAGUUAAUUAAUUCUGAAACAAGUUCAAUUCAGCUAUAAGCAGCUCUAUGGAAGGCAACACUAUCAGUUGAAUGUUAAUUCAGUUUAGUUCAACAAUAAUUGUC